UCACGAAAUUGUCACGAAACAGUUGUGACGACGCUAGUCUGAGUUGCAUGCGACUGGCCAAGCUAAGAAAUUAGUUUGACCACGGUGGGAAUCGAUCAAUCGAACCUUAGAAGGUGGAAAAGCAUGAGCUCUACCCCUUCUCCGUGGUCCUUGAAACUGUAUAUAUUCUUUUUUAUGUAGCUUCGACGUGGUGUGUAAGUGUAUAUUUGGGGAAGAAGACGAGAAGUCGAGAACCGAGAACGACUUAUCAAUACACCGAAGCCUGUGGCCCUGAAGAUCUCCAUUAUUUGUGAAAGCUCGGCCAUGAUUCGGAAAGCACCGGGAACGGGCACCGGAACACAGGAAGCCGGGGAAGGUUGCAGGCAUUGCGGUAAUUUCUAAACGUUUAUUGACGAGGGGGAAAAAUAUACAUUUUUAUCAACACUGUACAACGCCAGUGUAUAAACCGCCUGAUUGUUGGCCUACCUAUGUUUUUAGCGGCAGUUUCGUUGGAGUUUUCCACGCAUUAUAUUCAUUGGCUAUCUUCAGAAGCUCUUUGAAUUUAGAAACUCAAGAAGGCGGCCAAGCAACACAAGCCAUUGUUCGUCGGUACAUACAAUUCACAGCCCUUAUCUCGCAUUUAGCGUUUUAUGAGUUGCAUUGAAUUCUCAUUGUGGAAGACGACGUAACCACAUUGGCAAUGCCGAGCAGUGCAAGUACGCCCGAACCUUCUCCAUGCGUUUUUCUCAGAACCAGACAACGUACAGCAACCAAACUGAAAACAAAGUCGGUGAAAACAAACUCUUAUCGACGCUAUCACGCUUUUCACAAUCAUUUCGCACGGCGCAGACUGAAUCGCUAUUGGAGUACUUACACAUCUUUGAGCCAAAGGGUGAAUCCUGUGCUGUCUCUGAAACAAGUAAAACGCAAAGUAAAAACGGGGUGUAGAGAGCAGUGCCUGUGAAAGAGUCAUCAGAACAUGCAUUACUUUAAUAUUUAUCUGCAGAAGUCUAGCAAAAGCGACGACAAUUAUGAAAAAAAUCACCUAAAAACGCUGAUUGUGUUACUAGUCGGGAACCCCCCACAAGAGCAAUUAAAUUUUGUUGUUUUCGAGGACGCAGAUUUGGACCAAUAUUCGCGCGUCAAGAGUUCUCGCUACUGGGAUGGAGUCUUGUAAAGUGCUAUAUCAGAUCUUAAAGAUCCCAAAUUAAACAGUAAUCGCAACUUGACUUGCGUUCGUCUCGGGAAAGCAGCACAGAGCGAAAUAUGCAUUCGUUAAGAUUUCUUCUGUUUUGCAUCGUUUUCAAGCAUGCAACCUCUUGGUACACCGGCAAACAGCGCUUGACAGAUUUUCAAUCAAAAUAUGCCAACAGCAAGGCAGAUAUAUUUUUCCUCAUGGACAAUUCAGGCAGUUUGAGGUGGAAUGGCCAAAGGGGCUUCGCUGACGAGAAAACAUUUAUUACCUCACUUCUGUCUAAGGUCAAAAUUGCAAAACCGGCGACUCGUGUUGCCGUCAUUCGUUUUGGAACACACGCGACCAUAGAUAUCAACUAUAUAUCAGAUUUAAACGGUCUCAACAAUAAAUGCGAGUUCGAUAAAGCGUUUGCAAACAUCCACUACACUGGUGUCAUGACGAACAUGAAUGGAGCUUUCUCUAAAGUAGAGGAAAUUCUUUUUGGCGCGCAAAGCACGAACGUGCGUCCUUGGAAGGUGAUAAACCCUCAAGGAACGUAUGUGAAUAAAGUGAUGUUUUUACUCACGGAUGGAGAAUACAACAAUGGCGGGGAUCCUACCAGCAAGAUUAUUAACUUAAAGAACAACCACGUUGAACUUUUUGCAGUCGGAGUAAGCGGCGUUAAUCAAGCAUUUAUGAAAAAUGCUGCCACGACACAAAAACACUAUUUUUACGCCAGUGAUUUUACUUCAUUCAGGGAAUUAGCCACCCAUAUCCGUGGAGAUCCGUACCAAAAAGAUUAUGAUGCUGAAAAAGUACCCAAGAGCAAGUGUUCCGUUACGUGUGAUACAAAUGCAGAAUGCGGCUGUGGUCUUCUUAGCGGAAGAUAUGUUUGCAUCUGCCACGCGGGUUAUUUCGGUACCGGGGAGCAAGGAAAGUGUACUGCAUGUACACCUGGUACGUACAAAAGAUAUCCAGGUCUUGCUCAAAAAUCCUGCACAUCCUGUCCCGAUAACUCUGGUCACAACAAACAUGGAAGUAUUUCGAUCAAUGAUUGCGUAUGUAAUAAAGGAUAUGAAGGAAACCCAGCAAGUGGAGCGGCGUGCACAAUCAAAAAAUGUUUGGUUUUGCCGGUACCGGAAAAUGGGUACACCAACCCGACAGCUUGCGGAAGAGAUUAUGGCAGUACGUGCUCUUUCAAUUGUAAUCAUGGCUUCGAACUAAUGGGAGAAGUGACACGCACGUGUUCGGUUCGAGACAACAACGUUGGUAGAGCAUUCUGGUUGCCUAGUGAAGCAUCACCAAGUUGUCAAAGAAUCCUGUGUCCGCAAUUCAGAAUUGAAAACGCAGCUUCGGAGUAUGGUGAUUGCACUAACACUGACCUUCGUGUUGGGACAAAAUGCACAUACAAAUGCUCGAGGGGAUACCGUCUUGUCGGAUCUGGUGUGAAGGUUUGUCGCGUUGAUAAAACGUGGACUGGGGAGGACACGAAUUGUGAAGUUGUGACAUGUCCGCCAUUGAAUUCUUUGGACUUAGCAACUGUGAACGACGUGAACUGCAUUAAAAAAUCACUGAAAUUUGACUCAGCCUGCAUAUUUAAAUGUCCUGAUGGAUACGAAUUCAACGCAACAAGAUCUCAGUCUUCAACUCGGUAUUGUCAAGUUGAUGGCACAUGGGACGGUGCUACUCAAGUUUGUAUAGAUGUAAAACCGCCUUCGUUUACGACAUGUCCAAGUAACAGAGUCUUCUUUUACAAUACUACAUUCCGCACAAACACGGCUGAGGUUGAGUGGCAAGUACCUGAAUACGAAGACAACUCAAUUCUGAACGACGUUAAUCACAAAGUAACAUUAGAGGAAGUGAGCGAUUAUUCAAGUCCAGCAAAGUUUACUAUUGGAAAACAUAAUAUCCAUUACAUCGUGACAGACAAAGCUGGGCUCAAAGCACAUUGUGAAUUCUCGAUUGAGGUCCAAGACAAAGAAGCGCCUUAUUAUUCCAAUUGUUCUCAGAAAAUAGACAAAGAAUUUAUAGCAACACCUCCAUACGCGGACAAAAUGCGAGUUUCUUGGGAAGAUCCGGUGUUUCAAGAUAACUCAGGGAUGAAUCCUACGGUCAUACCCAGUACCCCAAACGGUGCGCUCUUUAAAGAAGGACAACAUCAGAUUACCUAUACAGCCACAGAUCCAAGUAAUAACAGAAACGUCUCUUGUACGUUUGAAAUUCACUUAAAAAUUCCAACAUGUGAAUUACAAAAGCGACCUAAAAAUGGUGCUUUGGUAUGCCUGACUAUCCCUUCCUAUCAAUGUCAACCCCUUUGUAAGGAAGGUUAUGACUUUGGGUAUAAGCCACAAGACCUCUAUUAUUGUGUGAACCGUGUUUGGCAUUAUUGGCCACCAUUCCCACCUUUUCAACCAACUGUUUGGCCGGAUUGUGCGCGCCGAGAAGAUCCUAACAGCGGAACAUUGAAAAUGUCGAGUUCGUAUUAUUUCAAAGGAGAUUGCAAUGAUUUGGAAGUCCAGGCUGAUUUAAAAGAAAGAUUUAUCACCGUUGUUAGUGAUCCUAUGAAGUUCCUGAGAUCAUUCUGCGAAUCGAAUAAGAAUUGUAAAGUGGAAAAUAUUCAGGUCUUCUGUGGUUCGGUUGAUGCCUCAAGGAGACGAAGAAGAAGAAGGAAUACCUUGGAAAUGGAGUUUCAUAUUCAAGCAGAUUUCACCGUCACGCCGAGUAAAACAGUCGGAAGUCAAGCCGAUUUCCAAAAGCUUAAGACUGAAAUGAAAAACCAGUACCUUGGUGAGGUUAAACAAAAUGUUAAUAAUGUAAACUGGAAGAAUGAAAUGAAAAUGGAUUUAGUCAAAACACCAAACGUCCUUCCACCGGAGCCGUAUUGUUCUGGCGUAAAUGGUGCGGUUGUUGGAAGAUGCGACUAUUUAAACCACAACUGCAAAAACAACUUUAACAGUUACCCUGCUGACACCAGCUGCCUAUGCAAUAAAGAAAACGGAAAAAUUGAGAAAUGCAUUCAAUGUCCAGUUGGAAAAUACUAUGACGCCGGGGAUAGAAAAUGUAAGCUGUGCAGUAACGGCACAUACCAAGAUGCUGAAGGCCAAUUUGGUUGCAAAAAAUGCCAACCUGGUUUUUACACGUUGGGAAAUGAUGAAAAGAAUUUCACAUCAUGCAAAGAAAUAUGCAAGCCUGGUUAUUUCUCCUUAACUGGAUUAGGUCCUUGUCGGCCAUGUGGUCUCGGGUAUUACAGCACUGGAACUUGGAGCACUAAAUGCAAGCAGUGCCCAGCUGGGACUACAACGGUUCUGCCUGCUGCAUCAAAGAUAGAAGAGUGCGGAAUGAAGUGUGCUCCAGGUACAUAUUCGUCCAGUGGUGUUGAACCGUGCAAACCUUGUGAGAAAGGAUUUUAUCAACCCGAGGAGGGAAAACUAAGUUGUUACCCUUGCAAAGGGAAGAAGUCAACUUAUGGCCCAGGAGCAAAAACGGAAGCCCGUUGUCUAGAAAUCAACAACUGUGCCUCGAAUCCUUGCAACAACGACGGGAAAUGUUUAAACAAGCGGGAAGGCUAUGAGUGUGAAUGUCGGGACGGUUUUAGUGGAAACUGUGACGACGAAGUCAGUCAGUGUCUUUCAAAUCCUUGUUAUAGUAACGCCGAAUGUGUUGAUAAGAUCGACGGCUAUGAAUGUCUCUGUGCACCAGGUUUUGGAGGUGUGAACUGCGACGAACCUCUUCCUCAAUGUGGAAGUAAUCCAUGUAAAAACAGUGCCAAAUGUAUCGAAACUCCCGGGUCAUAUGUGUGUAAAUGCCAGAAUGGCUGGGCAGGGAAAUUCUGCGAGGUAAACCGAGAUGAUUGUUUCAAGAAACCCUGCAAGAACGGUGGGAUAUGUCGAGAUGACGUCGAUGGCUUCCGGUGUGAAUGCGUGGCUGGAUAUAAAGGCGAUCAGUGUGAGAUUAAUGUAGAUGAUUGUGCCAGUGAUCCUUGUGGUCAAAAUGGAAAGUGUGAAGACAAGGUGAACGGCUAUAUUUGCCAUUGCAUGGCAGGAUAUACAGGAGAAAGAUGUCAAACCAGAAUUAAUCAUUGCAAUAGUUCCCCUUGUCAACGAGGAAAAUGUGUGGAAAAGGAUGGAAGCUUCGAAUGUCAAUGUCCUCCAAGAUAUGCUGGAAAAUCCUGCGAAAAAGAAUACUCGUCGGAUUACGAUCUAUCAUUUACAACAUCAGAAAUCAGAACAUUCUCAAAGCGAAAACUAUACGAAAACCUUCGUGCCGUCACUGUUGCUUUCUGGAUGAGAACAGACGACCAGGAAAAUGCCGGCACUCCACUUUCAUAUUCAGUGAAACAGGGUCAAUAUGUUCAAGAGAAUGGCUUGGUUGUUCAGGAUUAUGGAAGCCUAACCAUUCAAAUAAACAACCAAACUGGUUACAUUGCUGACCGAAUAAACGACGGACGAUGGCAUCAUGUUGCGGUCACGUGGCAGAGUAGUAAUGGUAUAUGGGUGUACUAUCGUGACGGCAAAGAAAUUAGGCGCGCAUCAAACCCGAUUGCCAAAGGCGAUUACAUCAGGGCCGGAGGCCAAUUCGUGCUUGGUCAGGAACAAGAUUGGGAAGCAGAUGAAGACCAAUUUACAUAUAAUCCUUAUGAAGCAUUCCUUGGUGAUAUGAGUCAAAUGACCGUCUAUAACACCGUAUUGUCCGCACAGGACAUUUAUAAUCUAGCCGGAAGCUGCAUGAAUUCCAGGAAUGAUGCUGUGGUUAUUUCGUGGGCCGAUUUUGUUCCUGAACUGACUGGUGAAUUUAGGAAGACCCCAAAGUCCUAUGCUUGUGAUGUCUCUGCUUUACUUCGUCAAUUCGUGACCGUGUACAAUGCCAAACUCCCAUCAAACGACCACAAGACAUUGCACGGGGUCUCACCGGAAGAUUGUGCAGUGAAAUGUACACAAGAAACUGGAUUCCCAUGCAGAUCAUUCGAUUACCACAGUUCUUCAAAGAAAUGUUAUCUCAGUCAAUCGUAUCGUCAUAAUGUUGCCGUAUCACAUCCGGAUAAUACUGGACACGACUACUAUGAAUUGAAUUGUGUUGAAAUGCUUGGUGUGGAAGACCACGUCAUCUCAGAUGCACAAAUGAGUGCAAGUUCUGCACGUUCAUCACUCAGUAGUGCCAAAAAUGCUCGAGCCAAUGGAGUAAAAGCACAAAAUAUCAAAGGAGUUCCUGAUAGUGAUGGCGGAUGGAUACCCAGCUCCUUUAAUCACGGUCAAUAUCUUCAAAUUGAUCUUGGGAAAAAAAAGAUAAUUACUGGAGUGGAGACACAAGGGGCUGAUGGUCAUCAUUACUGGGUGAAAACGUAUCAAGUACAAUACAGUUCUAAUGGACACACGUGGAAAACAUCACCCCAGACUUUCACUGGCAAUUCAGACAACAAAGGUCGAAAGAAAAAUGAAGUAAAUAUCGUUGCUCGAUUCAUUAGAUUCAAACCUUUGACUUGGCAUAAUGGAAUUGGAAUGAGGGUUGAAGUUUAUGGUUGCUCUCUUGAACAUGAAGGAACUCCUUCGGAUGGAGCUAGUGUCUCCGCAUCUCAUUCAGGUUCAUGUUCCCCCAAUCCUUGUCGUAAUUCUGCUCAAUGCACUGAGAUUCCUUAUGGAUACGCAUGUAAAUGUCCUGCAGGGUACACAGGCCAUAACUGUGAAACAGAACUCGCUUGUAAUGAUCCAGGAACUCCAGUGAAUGGUCAUCGCAGUGGAUCAAAUUUCAUGGCAGGCAUUACUAUUCAGUAUUCAUGUAAAUCUGGAUACAAAAUUGUGGGACAUUCCAGCAUAACCUGUUCAAGGGGAAAAUGGUCUGGAACAACUCCGACAUGCGAGAACAUAAACGAGUGUACAUCAAUGACAUCAGGAUGUAACCAUCGUUGCACUGACCUCCCGGGUUCUUUCAAAUGUUCCUGUGUCGCUGGAUACCGGCUGAGUGGCAAUGGAAAGACUUGUCAAGACAUCAAUGAAUGUAUAGAGAAUGUCUGUAGUCAUGGUUGCAUCAACAGUGCAGGAUCGUUUCGAUGCACAUGUCCUCACGGAAUGGUAUUACGUGGUUCGGGAACAAGAUGCGAAGAUAAGAACGAAUGUGAUACCAAGAAUGGUGGUUGCGCUCAUCACUGUCUCAACACAUACCUUGGUCGUAAAUGCUACUGCAAACAUGGAUUCGUUCUGCAGAAUGACGGCGUCUCGUGUACAGAGGCCAGUUGUCCUAAUCCAGUUCAUCCGCAUAAUGGUAAAUACUCAAUAAAUGGUGCUUCUGUAUUUGGAAACUCUGUCUCAUUCAGUUGUAAUGAUGGAUUCAAACUGGUUGGCUCAGAUGAGAGGAUUUGCAUGGCAGAUAAAACAUGGUCUGGGGUUCAGCCUCUGUGUAAACCUGUAAGAUGCGCAGACGUAGGUACUGUUGAUCACGCAAACUUGCAGCAAACUGGCAAUGGUUAUAAUAGUCUCGUGACAUUCACAUGUGGUUCAUCGUACCGUCUGCUGGGAGUCUCAACGAGAACAUGUGGCAAGACAAGCAACUGGAGUGGAUCGCAGCCUCUUUGCGUGCCGAACUACUGUCCAGCGCUUCAAGCACCAGUACACGGUAGGAUAAAUGGUUUCCGGUCAGAACUUGGUGCUACCGUUGGUAUUGCUUGUGAUGUUGGUUAUGCAGUCAAGGGAACAUCUUUCAGAACUUGUGAACAGACAAGAAGGUGGUCCGGAUCUCAUCCUACCUGUGAAUUGGUGGAUUGUGGAAAUCCAGGCGAACCACAACAUGGUUAUCGUCAUGGUAAUAAUUACAAAUAUGACUCAAUCAUCAACUUCAGCUGUAAAAACCGGCAUCACCUGGAAGGUGCCAACACAAUAAAAUGUGAAGCUAAUGGAAAAUGGAGUGCACUGUUACCAAAGUGCUUGGCUCGAUCAUGUGGCAAUCCAGGUGUCCCAUACAAUGGAUUCAAACAUGGUGAUACGCACACAUAUGGCAAGAAGGUGUCCUACACAUGCCAGCAAGGCUAUACACUGGUGGGUGAUCGCGAAAGGACAUGUGAACAGAGUACAGCAAAAUGGACCGGGUCUUUACCUUCUUGCAAUUUGGUGAACUGUGGUGAGAUUCCAGCACCAGCAAACGGCUACAGAGUUGGAUCAUUGUAUACAUAUGACAAAGUACUAGCAUUUGAUUGUAAUCCUGGAUACAAGUUAGUUGGAACACAGUACAGGAAAUGUCAGGAAAAUGGUUUAUGGAGUGGAUCGGCACCUACCUGCGUGGCUACAUCUUGCGGCUCUUUCAAACACGGUCCUUCUGGUGAAAUCGAGUCUCCUAACUUCCCAUCACCCUACGACAACGAUCUGUAUUGUACCUGGAAAAUUACGGUCCCCACCGGCAAGAAGGUUCGUAUUGAAUUUUCCGAGUUCAAGACUGAAGCUGGCAAAGAUUUCUUGUACAUCUUUGAUACUGACAAAACUGAACCCAUUCUGGAGUUCUCAGGGGUGGGGUAUAAACCUCGUGCCAUCACCUCGUCUGGUAAAAGCAUGAGGAUAAGAUUUGUUUCGAACAGCGCUACAGCAAGCAAUGGAUUCCGUCUGACAUAUUCACAAGUUGAUUGUGGUGGAAUGCUCACUGCACCAGUAGGUGCUAUAACAAGUCCUGGUUUCAAGGGUCAAUACCCCAGCAAUCGUGAUUGUAUCUGGCUGAUCCAUAUGCCUGGAAAACAAAUUGACUUGUCAUUUUCCCACUUUAACACACAGCAGAGUUACGACCGCGUGGAAAUCUAUCGUGGGCCAAAGAGUACUGAUAAACGACUGGUGAACUUAAGUGGCAUAUUACUUCCGCAAGGCAAAUUUGUCUCAACCUAUUAUAUGUAUCUUAGAUUCACGACAAACGCACAAAAUGACCGGAAAUACUAUGGAUUCAAAGCAAAUUAUUUGGAAUAUUUGUAUUAGGCGGCAUACUAUCUAAUAAAUGACAUUGUUUUAG